AUGAAAAAGAAGAUUCCUGUCAGUUAUACACAGAGCCACAGUCUUGUACCAUCUCAACUAGUCAAAUGCAUGACAAGACUGGCAAUGAGGCCAGUUGUUUUUGGAAAUCCAGUCCCAGCAGCAGUACACCGAGGCCUGCAAAACCUCUUCCUGCUGGGGAUCAAGGGAGAGAACGCUAUGGUGCUGAGCACAAUCAUUCAGACUGUUUUCCUCUCAGUCUUCAACACCUGAAGAGACAAGAGGCCAAAACAUCACAAAGUGAAAUUUCCAGAACUCAUGGGACGACAGAAAUAAAAGAAGUAGCGAGUGAUAAAGUUCAAACUGAUGGAGACAUAAACUUUGAUGGAGGAGCGGAAUCAGAGAAAGACGUCCCCCAACAAAAUAAACAAGACAAAGCCGACGUGACUAAAAUCUCAAUUUGUGAUUGCAUUGGUGGCUGCGCAGAGGGCAAAAUGAGUAAAUCUGACAACAAAGGCAAUAUGACCGAGUGUUUGUCUGCUCACACACACACCUCUCAAAAAAACACGACGGUGGAGGAAACAAAGGGAAAGGAAAAGAAGGAAGGAAGUGCUGUUAGAGGAAAGAUAAAAAGUGAUGGACAUCGUGACUCAGAGGAAACAGACAUGACUGAAAUAUCACCUGUUGACUGGACAGAGGGCAGUGUAACCCUGGCUACUGGUAAGGAAGAAGAAAACAAGCACAGUUUCUUCCAACAAGUCGAAAAGGAAGCUAAGUGUUUAGUCGUCAUGUUUCCCCCAAAAAGUGAUGCUGCUGUGCCAAGUAGUCAUGAUUUAAGCCUGGCUUGUCCAUUAAAAACUGGUGGUAGUAAUACCAGAGAUGUAAUAUGUGAUGUCACGUUUUGUUCAGUGCUGUCUAAUUUCACGCUCCAUGACCGUGUGCCAGAGGGGUUUGACACAUUCGAGAAGAUCCAGCUCUCACCAGAUGAUGAAGACCAGGAAGAGGGUAGCCUGAGCAGUGGCCUUCUGCUCACUAGCUCACCUGGGAAGUUGUUAAAAACUGUGCAGCAGCAACUUCAUCAUCCCACGCCAGGGGCAGAGAGUGACGAGCACGAGAAGGUGGAAGGAUCUGAGCACUGUGCUGAGAACGUAGAAAAUGGAUUUUUACGCAGUGAAACCAGAUCCUGUGAACUCUCCGACUUUAUACCACCAGAAGAUGACAUUGCUGCAGGCCAGCCUGAGCAACAGCCAAAAAGUGAGUCAUCCAGUGAGGCCUGUGCAUGCUUCUGUGAUGACAUAAACUCACUGUCGGUGUCGUCAAGUGCUUCCUCCCAGAGCCCAGGUUUUGAUGUCCUCAACCACCCUCACUUUGAGAUGAGAGCACAAUUCGACAUGGUCCUAAAGGAGAUGCACUUGUUUUUCAAAAUUAGUGCUUCUGAUUGUACUGGUGACAUUGAAACAUCAUUACCUGAGGAAAGCGGUGAUGUCACUGAAGCUUUGGUGGACAAGGCUUCAAACAGCGCAGACGGCCUCAGCAGCCCAGAACAGGGAUACCAACAAACAUCAGACAGUGAUGCUGAUGACAAUAGGAUCCUGAAAACCUCCAAUGGUGACACGAUAGUUUCAUGUGCCACCGACUGCGCUGAUGGUGAGCAGAAAGUGACUGAACUCGACUGCAGCCACCUGUUCCUGGAAGAACCUGUAUGCACUCCAGAGAACCACACAGAUCUGCAGGAGGUGGAGAAGAAGAGCAAAAUGUGGUUGCCCUCCUUUGUGUGUCGACCUCUCCUGGAACAGCUGGGCCACAGUCUGGUGGUGUCUUCCAGAAGACUGGAGCCUCUGAAAACGUGCACACGCCCAAUCAGGGUUGGACUUUCAAAGAGAGCCAAGACCAAACACCUACACCGCCCCCAUCCUUAUAAAUGAACAGCAGGAUGGCAUCAGAAAUGCAGUCAAAGUGAUGUGUGCAUAGAUGUUAACACUCUUAAAAGCCUUUGCCAUGUUGAUGAAUAUUUAUUGUCUUACUUAAAGUGUUCUUGGUUUUCUUGGAUUCCAGCUUGUUCUUAGUUUUUGUGGUUUUAUUCUUGAUGUU